AUGUCUGGAGGGCAAGAGCAGCUGGAGAUCAGGUUCCGCCUCCCGGAUGGUUCAGACAUCGGUCCCAAGAAAUACCCUCUCGCCGCCACCGUUUCUACUGUGAAAGAGAGCAUCCUUGCUCAGCUGCCUAAAGGUUUGUCUCCCUUGCUUGUUCAUCUUCUUGCUGUUGCCGUGCCCAUUUAUGGGUGAUAGCUGCUAAAAUUUGCUUCUUUAUGUUGAAUAUUUACUCUAUUUUAUAAUAUUUUAACAUCAAGUAAGUAUCUGGAGAUAAAAAGUUUAAUCCUUUCAAACUCUUUUAAUUAGCAGUAGAGUUUUCCUCUUCGGAUUGAUGGAGAUGACCAAGUGAUUACUCCGGUUUUUGGAUGGAUGAAUAAGAGAGGUUGCUUCACCGUGUCCCCAGAGAAUCAGUGGGGCACUUAAUCUCAGUAUCAAUCGGUGAAAUCAAACCGAAUGUCAUGGAUUCUCAUGGAGAGGAGUUCUUAAGAAUUCUUACGAACAAGAUUAUCCUCUGGGUAUUUCUUCAACUGGUUGAAGAAUUGUCCGGCUGCAAAAGCUAUUAACUGAUGUAUUAUUCUCUCUACCACGUCAGCAUAUAAUUUUUCGAAUAAUCAUAAUGUGCUAUACUCUGACGUUCAUUGGAUGAUGAGAAUCGGUGGCAUUGUUUUCGGUCACCCUCACCCAGAAGCUGAUGACCAUAAUAAUUGUCAGAUUUAGCCGUAAAUAUUUAUUGACUAAAAAAUAAUCAAAAUUGGUGUAGAAGAGGUAUCAAAAGAGGUGUUGCUUAGGUGCAGUACCUUAUUGCUCGAAAAUGGUAGGUUGAUGGAAAUUUGUCAUAGUUCCACUGAAGAAUUGGUAGAUUUAAUCUCAUGAAGAUAUUUUUUGCUUAAAAUAAUAUCAUGAGAUUUUACUCAGCUGAAUUCGAUGCAUUAAACCACGGAAUUCCGUGGGUACCCACAAUCAAAAUGAGUUCGAGAUUCAAAGGUAAACUGCACCUGAUGAUCCAUAAUCUUGACUGUGGAUCAUGGGACCUCCAUUCCUCUUGAUACUCCUACGUAGAUUAAUUAUUUCGAAUAAUCCUGACUAUGGAGUCUUCUCCCUCAGAUAAGGAGAACUCAUCAAGGACUGUCAGCGAUAUCAAGCUGAUCCAUGGGGGGAAGAUUCUGGAAAACAACAGGACUUUAUGGGAAUGCAAGAACCCGAUAUUAGAUGUCUCUGGGGGCAUCACAACCAUGCAUGUUGUCAUCCGGCCGCCACCUUCAGAGAGAGGAACAGGUAAUUCUGUGAACUCCCACGUUGCAGCCUUCUCCCUUUUCCAUUUUACUUGGAAAAAAAUACUCAUGGGAGCUUCCAUUGUGGAACAGAGAAGCAGUCGAGUCUGCCAAAGGAGACCAAGUGUGGCUGCAUCAUCUUGUGA